AGGGCUUUCUGCUUUAUAGCUUAUACAUAUCUUAGUUGCUAUUUAUCAGUUUGCGAAUAGCAUAGGAAAUUCACAUGCAAGUGUUUUGGAAGCAGCGCUCGAUUGUGCGAUCAUCGAAACCAAUGACCAGGCGUUGCGACCUUUUCGUUUGAAGCCACGUCAUGGGAGUGAGGGAGCGACAUAAGUUCAGUGCAGCCGAGUGCUGUGGUGGUUAGCUUAACCUAAGAGAUCGAGAGGUUCGACUGCAGACUUCAGCAAUGGAGGACCCGGUGCUGUGGGGCUUUGCCAUUUUUCUGGCACUUUUUUGCAGCAUAGACGUGUGGUACUACCUGCGCACCAUGGCCAUCAUCCUCCAAGCCUGGUUCCUCCCCCCUGUGUUUGAUGUGAUGGGUCAGCAGGCAAUAGGUGGCAGGGUGCUCCUCCAGGACAUCGACUUGUGUCACAUGAACAACGCCCGCUACCUGCGUGAGUGCGACUUUGCCCGCCUAUCCCUGUAUGCCCGCAAUGGGGUGCUGAAGACCAUUAGGGCCCUUGGGGCCAACAUCAUCGUUGGGGCCACCACAGUCCGAUACAGGCGGGCCUUGUGCGUGGGCGAGGCAUUCGAGUUGCGCAGCCGGAUUGUCACGUGGGAUGAGAAGUCAUUCUACCUCGAGCAGCGCUUCGUGUCCUGCAAGGACGGCAUGGUGGCUGCAGUUGUAUACUGCAAACAGAAUGUUCUGCGCUGCAGCCCAGACAAAAUCUUGCAGCACCUUUGCAAGAGAAAGGUUGAAGUUCCUGAGUUUCCUGAAGACCUGAAACACUGGAUUAGUUUUAUAGCUGCAAGCAGUCAGGCUCUUAAAGCUGAGAGUGGACGGGAGAAGAGCGAGUGAGGAUUAACCUACACCCACUGUGUGGGCCAUUAAUGUAGCUACAUGUUUACCUGCUGAACACUAUUGGACACACCCAAACUGCACUGCCACACCUGAAGCUGUCUGGGAUAUACAUUGGGAUUGAGAUAUUUGAAUGUGAUUUAAAUAUGUGUAAUAUGUGUGUGUAGUUAUUUCAAAUAGCUACAAGAGUAACAAGGAGAUUCUGUGUUGUAGUGAUGUUCCACGUAAACUUUGCAACAUUGCAUGUCCUGCACUCUUGCGUACAUGAUUAUUUUUAAUAACCAUUUUAUAUGCUCAA